AAAGUGUCCAGUGCCUUAAAGUGUUUAUCAAACCGUGUGGUGUUGCAACUUAAGCUGUAUAAACCGUGAGUUUUCAUCUCUAUCUACGCCGUUUAAAAGCACAGCAACGCGCUUUGCAUUUCUACAUUGAGUUCAAAUGAGUUUCUGAAAUCCCCAUAAACAACGUCAAAACGGAAACAUAACCAUCGUAAACCCGACAAAUAUUGUUUUAAAUAUCCCAAACACGGUAUCCUAACAUUACUACAAAUAGGCUCACAGAAGAGACGUGUAUAAUUAUAGCCUUUCUAACCACAAACUAUUUCUAUCUCAUGAAUGAGUAAUUCCAAAUCGAUCCUUUGUCCCUUUUCUUUGAUGAACCCCUAAUCUCUAUGGAUUGGGUUUUAGCGGCCCGCCAUGUUCCCCUUGUUAGGGUUGUACAAUUUACCCUUCUGGGUUGUGGCAACCAGAGGCCUACAUUGUCUCAAUCGAUAAUAAUACUUUGUGACAAACAUAUAACAGUCUUAUUAGUUUGAGUGUUAAGAUGAAGUCAAACCACCUUCUGUGAUCUUGUUCAACAAAUAUGAGCUUCUUGGAGCUAACUUUCUUCGGAAAAUAAUCAAAACAUUUUCGAGCACCACUAAACCACAAUGUAGUGGCCGUUUUGUAGAUGUCAAUACUAUAAGGAAACUGACAUUUAUGGAGCCAUUUCGGAUUUAGAGGACGUGUUAUUUUUGGAGGAGGUUUCUAUUUUGGCAAGAUGGAGGUUUGUCAUUGUCGCCAUGAUGGAUUAAGAACGAUAUGCCAUUUGGUAGCAGUUUUGUCGUCGUUAUGUCUCCUAUCAGGUACUCUAAUUCAGGGACAGGUGACUACCGAUAGUGCAGUUGUAUCCGAUAAUAUCACGGUUACCGUAGCCGAAGAAGUAGACAACUCGACCCUCGCCCCUACUCCCACGGCCCCACCCACGAAGAGAGAAAUUCUACUCUGGGCACUUAUGGAAAUAAAGUCACCCUCAUUCAACGCCACCAUAAUGGAAUUUAUAACUGAGUACGAUAACUGGCAGCUUGAGGAUGAGCUGCUUUUCAUAUAUUACAACGACACCUACAUUCUUAGUCCGGACGACCGACCGGCUUAUGGCAGCCUCGAUCAGGCUAUCCUCACCAUGUCGGCCAUGCUGGAUGUGAUGGGAGAAGAUGGCGUUAUUCCCGGCCCGAGGGAAGUCCUCUGCACGCUGAUCUACCUUGAAGAUUUAACCAGCGCCUUGUUCAAGCAGACCAUUGCCAAUGAUGCGGAUUUUACUGAUUUUGGUGAACUGAAUGGGGUGGCAACUUAUGCUAUUGAGGUAUGUGAUACACUUAUCGAUCCAUCUUAUCACGAGGCCUGGAUGGUAAUCAGGAAGGCAACUCCGGCAUUUUCAACCGUUGCUAACAUCAUGGAUGUCCUCACAUUGUUACUAUCGAACACGCUGGAGUCACCAGCUACCGUUUUUAGUAACAUUAAAAAUAUCGAAUAUAAUCUUGAGAAGAAACCAUGGAGUGAGUUUCUUGGAGUUGAUAAAUAUUUCGAGUUCGACAAGAAUGAAGGAAUAUCUUUACCAUCAAAUUAUAUGGAGACAGUGGAAUUGGAAGCUACUGAUGUAGUGACGAUGGUUGGUGUUCGCUAUCGUAACAUUAGUGGCAUCAUGGGAACUAACAAGACUGGUUCGUCUGCAGCGGCUGAUAUACUUGAAAGGAACAAUGGUACCGUCAGACCACGUGUGCUGUCUCUUGACGUAGUCUCACUCUCAGUCGUUAAAGAAUUGGAUUUGAGCACGACAUCAGUGCCUUUGACGUAUCGACUGUAUCACGAUGAAGUGAUUGAGAGUCAUCAAGAGGCAGUUUGUGUUUACUGGGAUUACACACAAUUCGAGGGUGAUGGCGGUGUUUGGAACAGCGAAGGAUGUUGGUUGGUCGAGAGUAGUUCUAACUUAGAGACCACUGUCUGUAUGUGCAACCACACCACGAACUUUGGAUUAUUAGUGAUUGAUUAUGAACGAGUGGAGACCAAUUGGAACUUCAUCGCCCACACCUGGAUGAUAACCAUCGGUGGGGGCGUUUCAGCUAUUCCACUCAUCAUGGUCCUCGUACUCUUCGUGUAUCUUGGUACCCUCAAUACACGGCGUCGAGUGGCUCAGAUAAGCUUCAUCUUCAGCUACUUGAUACUGAUGUUGUUGUACAGUACAACUAACUUGGCAGAAAUCAACGAGUGGGCCUGUAUGGGUUUUGGUCUGGCAUCCCAUUUCUUCAUCCUCUCUUCCUCAUUCUGGCUCUUCGUUAUUGGGAUGUUGCUGUUCACCAGGGUGACAGACUUCACGAAGGGAGAGGUGCAGAUGUGGCAUUGUAUUCUAGCUGGCUGGGGCUUACCGGUUGCAAUAGUUGGCGGGAUUGGCGGUUGGAAAUGGUCGAUAUACGGCUUGGGAACAAGGUGUUGGAUGAAUGCUUCAGAUGAGAUCAUCAAUGCUACAUAUUUCUACCCACCAAUUGUGACUAGUGCGGCAACUAUUUUCAUGUUGUUAUUCUCACUACGGGCCAUCAAGCUGUCCAAUCAACAUGCACUCUUCGUCAGAGAAAAGGAUGAGUUGAACAAAAUCAAGGGUGUUUGCGUGUGUUACAUAAUCAUCUUAUUAUCCUUCGACCUCACUAUCUUUAGUGGCAUUAAGUCAUUUGAAAUGGAGAUGUUGGGAUAUGCCUUCGGCGGGCUACUUUGUGUACAGGGAUUGGUGGUAAUAUUAGCGCAGAAGCUAAACUCUGAGAUUAAAGUGGCCUGGAAUUUGAAGAGGGAUCCACCACCGGAGAUACCUAAAGACGACGAGGAUGAAUAUGGAUGGGACCUCGAUAACAAACCGGAGAAGAAAUCGAAGAUGAGGAUAAUGAUGACACUUGAAGACUAUGACGACGACGAUGACAGGGACAUCUACUCUGAGUAUUCAUCGCGUCCAGGCACUAGUCGGAGUGCAUUAUCAAUGGGUGAUAUAAACUACGAGGACUCCCACUACACCGGGAACAGUCUCCAACCAGGCAAGAAUACUCCCCGGGCGGGACGCCUCAGUCCACGGCGGACCGGAGACGGCGCAAGCCACGGCAGGAACUCCGCUGACGGGCUCCGUGGAGAAGACGUCAUGGGGGAGUUUCCGAUCAAGAUUAAAGGCAAAGGUGGCUACGGGAAUACGAACUAUGCUAAUAUGAUUAAUGGUUACGGAGGAGGAGGUGGGAAGAAAGGUGAUGUUGAUAAUCUCUUACCGAAACCGAAGAGGAUGAGCAUACCAGGGUCCAUUGAUGAUCCAGAGGAGGAGGAGAAAGAGAUAAGGAAGCUAAGCUCCCCUGGAAGGAGAUCGGCAGAUGGGAGGGAGAAAUCAGAUCUUGGGGAUAGGUUGUCUCCGGAGGGGGGAUACGGGGAAACAAAUGAAGGGUAUCAAGAUAAUAAUGGGGAGUAUGAAGAAGGUUAUGAUGACGAAUAUGGGGAGUAUGAUGAGAACUAUGAUGAGAAUUAUGACGAGAAUUAUGACGAAAAUUACGACGAAAAUUACGACGGUAAUUAUGACGAAAAUUACGACGAAAACUAUGAAGAGGACUAUUAGAAAAGGGACAACAACUAUGAUGAAAUUAAUCAUGACGAGUUGUCAGAGAAUAACCACCAUGCUCUAUUCCAAUUAAGUCUUGGCCCAAUCUUCAUAAAAGGCAUUUGACGUAAAAAGUAUCGUCAAGUCUUGAGUUUUCUUAAACUAAAAGAACUCGGGUAAGAAUUGACACAGACUCCUGGUUCAAUGGGCCUGACCAUAUUGUACUAAGAUGCUGCGUCAGUUUAGCACAUUUUGUGUCAUUAGGACACAGAUUCUAUUGGAUACUGACCCCAAAAUUGGUCAGUCCCAUUCGACUCAUAAUCCCGGUCAACUUUGUCACGGGAGUGUUUUAUUUGUGUAUAGGGGAACUUAUGUAUAUGAUUUGGUUUUAAUCAAAAAAAAGUCAGUCGGGUGAAUGUUUGUGCCAAUUAUUAAAACCAAAGCAUUUGUUGGUAAUACUAUGGUAAAGAGUGUCAUACUCUUUUCAGUAAUCAGGAAGAUAUUUAUGAACUGUAAAAUAUAGAUAAUAGAUAAAAAUAGAUAAUGUUUAUUAAAAGUCAUGUUUUGAAAGUAAAACCAAAUAAGUAAAACCUCUUAAAGCAGUUUACUGUAAUUUAUCUUUAAUUGUAACAUAAUAAUUAUCGGUUUAUAUCUUUAAUGACUUUGAGUUUAGUUUGCCCCUUUUUGUCAUAAAGUGUUCUUUACUUUUAUAAAGGUUAAAAUAUUGUUUUCAAACUCUGGAAAAUUAUGUCAUGUGUGUGGUAAAAUUAAGAAUUAUUUCUCGAAAAAGAUUUAAAGUCAACAGAUCUGGGCCCUAUUUCGCGGCCGAUUUUGUGCUGACUGUGCGAUUUCCAUUCGUAGCGCUGCCAACCGUAAGCACACGAAAAGGCAUGCUAACCUUCCGGUGCUUAACGCACGAAAAUAAUUGACGUCAUAAUGCAAUACGCAAUACGGCCGCCCAAUUUUUCCGUUUACCUGUGAAAUACGCUACGGCUUAAGCAUGUCUGCUACAGAAUAAGCUCGCAAAUUGUCCUACCGUUAAGCAGCGCUAUGAAAUUAGGCCCUGUAAAACCAGGUAUUGUCUGGACUUUCGUUUUAUAUUGUAGAAC